AUGGCCGAUCCGAAUCAGCAACGCGCCGUCAAUACAGCCUUUGCGCCACCGCCGCCCUUAUGGAAACAUUUCACGCGUGAGAACCUCGACAGGUUAAAAGAGAUCAAGACAGAGGCUUCGAAAGACAAGAAUGGGCGGCCCAAUCGCAACAAGCAGUGGUCACCGGCAGAGUUACGCGCACUUGACUUGCCUCCCGAGCUUCGCUUCCUAGUUCCCCCAGACAUCCCCACGGGGGAGUACUCAGUAUUCGGCGAAUUGCAAACACUAUCGACCACUUUACCCUCGCUACAAGAGCAGGGAAUUGAACAGCUCUACCCUGAGCCUGCCACGAAUACCACCCAAGACUCUUCGCAACCGUCCCAAUCACCUCAACCGCUAAACCAUGCCUACUACCUCCUCAAGAUCAGCAAAUCACUCCUCCUCAACUUCCUGGAGACCGUCGGAAUCCUCUCAGGAUCGCCAGAACAGUUCGAGCCGAAGGUAGAAGACAUGCGCAACCUGUUCAUCAACGCUCACCACCUUCUCAACUUGUACCGCCCUCACCAGGCUCGCGAAUCACUCAUCAUGAUGAUGGAAGAGCAACUAGAGCGAACUAGACAAGAAAUUAAGCAGAUGGAUAAGGUCAAGGCUGAUAUUGAGAAUGUCCUAGAGGACAUCCAGGCCGAGGGCAGCCGUCUCAGCUCUGCAGACCCAUCGGCAGAUGCAAGCAGUCUGGAGUCAGCUUCACGCAAAGCCGAGGACUCGCGCAUGGUCUGGGACCUGCUUGAAAAGGAAAUCUAA